AUGGAGUGCUGGCCGGUCCUGCUGCUCUGGGGUCUCCCCCAGAUUUGGGCAAGUUCUGAGGCCCUGCGCCCUCCCGGCCGCCCGCCGCGCCUCUCCGGGCCCCGCUCUACGUCCGCGCCCCCGGGCAGCACCCGCUUCCGCGGCCUCCAGGUCUCCUCCUUCGCCAACAGCAGCUGGAUGCGCACCGACGGUUCCGGCUGGCUGGGACCGCUGCAGACCCACUCCUGGAGCAACGGCUCGGACAUCCGCUGCCUGAGGCCCUGGUCCAGGGGCACCUUCAGCGACCGCCAGUGGGCGCAGCAGCAGCAGCUGUUCAGGGUGUACCGCAGCAGCUUCACCAGGGACGUCUGGGCCUUCGCCAAGACGCUGCACCUGGCCUACCCCUUUGAGGUCCAGCUGUCUGCGGGAUGUGAGGUGCGUCCUGGAGGCCCCCCAGAAGUCUUCCUCAGCUCAGCAUUUCAAGGAAGCGAUAUCCUGAAUUUCCAGGGACAUUUCUGGGUGCUAGCCCCAGGCGCCCCGCCUUGGGCCGAGACGGUCAGCAACACACUCAACAAGGACCACGAGACCAGGGACACCAUCCACUGGCUCCUCAAUGACGUCUGCCCCCAGUUUCUCACCGGCCUCCUGGAGCUGGGGCAGCAGGAGCUGGAGAAGCAAGAGAAGCCCGAGGCCUGGCUGUCCAGUGGCCCCCCUCCUGGUCCCGGCCGGCUGCUGCUGGUGUGUCACGUCUCAGGAUUCCACCCCGAGCCCGUGUGGGUGCGGUGGAUGCGGGGGCAGCAGGAGCUGCCGGGCGCCCAGCAAGGGGACGUCCUGCCCAAUGCUGACGGGACGUGGUAUCUCCGGGUGCCCCUGGACGUGGCGGCCGGGGAGGCAGCUGGCCUGGCCUGCCGGGUGAGGCACAGCAGCCUUGGAGGCCAGGACAUCGUCCUCUCCUGGGAGGGAAGUCACGUGCCGGUGGGCUUGAUCGUCACAGUGGUCCUGGCAUCCCUCCUUCUGAUAGGCGGAGGCGUAGCCUUCUGGCAUAAGAAGCGCUGCUCUUAUCAAGACAUCUUGUGA